AUGCGUAUCAUUAUCAAGGGAGGUGUUUGGAAGAACACUGAGGAUGAGAUCCUCAAGGCCGCUGUCAGCAAGUAUGGAAAGAACCAAUGGGCCCGUAUUUCGUCGCUGCUUGUCCGAAAAACAGCCAGUCAAUGCAAAGCACGUUGGAUGGAAUGGCUCGAUCCCAGUAUUCGCAAGACCGAGUGGUCGAGAGAGGAGGAUGAGCGCCUGUUACAUCUUGCCAAGUUGAUGCCUACUCAGUGGAGGACUAUCGCCCCCAUUGUUGGAAGAACCGCGUCGCAGUGUUUGGAACGGUAUCAGAAGCUUUUGGACGAUGCUGAACAGCAGGCUGAAUCAGAUUUGGGACUCGCAGGAGUAGGCGAUUCAGGACCCAGUGCGGACGAUGUCCGUCGAUUGAGGCCUGGUGAGAUCGAUCCUGAUCCAGAGACCAAGCCCGCUCGCCCUGACCCUGUCGACAUGGAUGAAGAUGAGAAGGAGAUGUUGUCAGAGGCUCGUGCACGUUUGGCGAACACGCAGGGAAAGAAAGCCAAAAGAAAGGCUCGUGAGAGACAACUGGAAGAGGCCCAUCGUCUGGCGACAUUACAAAAGAAGCGUGAGCUUAAGGCGGCAGGAAUUGAACUGAGACAAAAGAAGAAGAAGGGCAUGGACUACAACGCCGAUAUCCCUUUUGAGGCCAAACCCGCCCCGGGCUUUUACGACACCACCGAGGAGUUGAAGCGCGAAUCGACCAAGCGACUUACCAACAUCCGUCUCGAGCAGGUGGAUGGCAAGCGCAGAUCUGAGGUCGAGGAGGAAGAGCGCAAGAAGGAUGCUAAGCGCGCCAAGCUCAAAAAGGAUUCGGGCGAGGCUCAGGCAGCUCAGAGUCAGGCUCAGCUCAGGAAGCUUCAGGAAGCGGAACAAGACGGCAUCAUGCGUCGCAAGAAGAUGGUUUUGCCUGCACCCCAUGUCGGUGAGGCUGAGUUGGAGGCGAUUCUGAAGAUUGGUGGCGUUGCAGAUGAUGCUAAGGCUCUGGCGGAUGGAAGCGAUAUUGCUGCGACAAAGAACUUGGUCGGUACCUACAAGUCUGCAGGAGCUAACCUUCCCACCCGCACACCUCGCGCAACCGCCGCGCAGGAUCACCUCAUGAUGGAGGCUCUCAACCAGCGCGCCAUGUUGAACCAGCAGACCCCUCUUCUGGGAGGCGAAACACCCAGCUACAAUGUCCAGUCAGGAACCGGAUACGACGGUAUCACCCCCCGCCACAGUGCUAUUCAGACUCCCAACCCUUAUGCUGCCACGCCCGGAGCCGGCGCAUUGGGAGGAGCGACCCCAUUGAGGACACCUCUUCGCGACGAGCUUAGCAUCAACCGUGGCGGUGCUGUCUCUGUGAUGGCCACCCCUCGCGAGGAAAAGAUGCGCCAGUCGUCUUUGAGAAACCAGUUGUUGUCAGGACUUGCCAACUUGCCCAAGCCAACCAACUCGUUCACUUUGAUGAUGCCCGAGGAGUUUGAGAUCGAGUCGUCUGAGAAGGUGAUCGAAGAGGAUGCUGCCGAGCUUGCCCAGAGGCGGAAGGAGGCCUUUGAGGCCGAGGAACGUGCUCGUUUGUUGCGUAGGAGCCAGGCUGUUCAGAGAGACUUGCCAAGACCUACCGCUUUCCGCACUCCAAAUGCUGAAAUGACAGAUUCGGGGGCUACGGAGUCUCCUCUUGCAGAGGCAGAUCGUCUUAUUCAGGAGGAGCUCGCACGAUUGAUCAGUCACGAUGCUGUGGCCUACCCACCGGCUGGAUCCAAGGUCGCUGGAGGCAAGCAUAAUACUCCUGCUUUGGAAAAUCUCUCGGAUGAGUACUUGGCACUGGCGAAGAGCGAAGUCGAUCAGGAGCUGGCAGCACCCGAGGCCAAGGAAAAGUAUGAGGUUUUUGCUGCCGAGUUUGAUCAGGUCUGGGAACAGAUCCAGGAGGAGAUGAAGGAGUUGCAACAGAUCGGCCUCGCAGCUCAAUUCUCUCAUAAGCGCUCGCUGAUGACAAAGCAGGCAGCCAAGGCUGGGAAGCUUGAGAAGCGUUUGGGCGUUACUCUUGGAGGAUACCAGGCGCGUUCGCAGACUUUGGCAACACAACUGUUGACAAGCCACGAAGAGUUGUUGAGUUCAGAGUUGGAGCUAUCCAGUUUCAAGAAUCUCAGGAUCAUGGAGGAGGCUGCAGUGAGCACUCGUAUGGAGGCACUAAACAAGGAAGUGGUACAGCUGAGCAGCCGCGAGUUGUUCUUGCAGCAAAAGUGGGAUGGGCUGAACCGGGAGAGACAGGAUGUUGUUCAGAGGAUUGAAAAGCUUCACGUGUUGCAGCAGCAGAAGCAGCAAACAGAAGCAUCGGCACCGUCGUCAACAGCAGAAACUGCAUCGGCGCCAGCGGAAGCAACAACAGCAGCAGCAGCAGAGGGCGAUGACGAUGAAGAGGUCGGCCCCCAGCCUAUGGUCGCGUAA